ACCUCCAAUAACCCCAAACACGACCUUUCCCCCUAUUUUGUCCGGUGUCGCGCGCGCGUACUCAAGUGUACGCGCCUGUACGGGUGCCUGCAAGUUGCCCGGUAGUCUGCAAACAUGGCUGCUUUCAGUAAGUCCAUACCACACAGUUGCUACGAGAUCGGACAUACAUGGAAUCCCUCAUGUACCUUAUCGACGCUGCAAGUUACGGCAGGGGCUCUGGAGGUGUCCUUCAAAAUUUAUGCACCAUUGUAUCUUAUUGCAGCCAUCCUAAGAAGACGGAAAAAAGACUAUUAUAUGAAGAGAUUACUACCUGAGAUCCUGCAAUCUACCUCUUUCCUCACAGCCAAUGGAGGCCUGUACAUUGCAUUCUUCUGCAUUCUCAGACACCUGCUCGGGGGAUUCUACUCUUGGUCGGCUGGCUUUGGAGCAGCUCUGCCUGCGUCGUACCUCUCCAUCCUCCUGGAGAGGAAGAGCAGGAGAGGCCUUUUAACCAUAUACAUGGCGAACUUGGCGACAGAGACAGUGUUUCGUAUGGCAGUCACUAGAGGGAUCCUCAACCCAAUCAAACAUGGAGAGGUCCUUCUGUUCUGCCUAACUGCCUCCCUCUACAUGUUUUUCUUCCGGUGCAAAGAUGGUCUGAAGGGAUUUGCUUUCUCUGCUUUGAAGUUUAUCGUUGGAAAAGAAGAGAUCCCCACACAUUCCUUCCUGGCUGAGCAGGCCUACGCCAAGGCUCCAGAGCGGGCCGUGGCAGAGUCGAAUGAGGGCGCGCCACCCUCCAGACACUCGUCCAUCGUGGCCUUCACCAAGAGGCUGCUGGAGUCUCUGUGUAAACAUGGGCCGAGGCAUCGCUGCUGCAAGCACUACCACGACAACUGCAUCUCCUACUGCAUCAAAGGCUUCAUUCGGAUGUUCAGUGUGGGGUACCUCAUCCAGUGCUUCCUGAAGGUGCCCUCUGCGUUCCGUCAGGCCUUCACCAAACCCUCAAGACUACUCUCUCUCCUCUACAACAAGGAGAACUUUCAGCUAGGAGCCUUCCUCGGUUCCUUCGUUAGCAUUUACAAGGGCACAAGUUGUUUCUUGCGUUGGGUAAGGAACCUUGACGAUGAGCUCCAUGCACUCAUUGCUGGAUUCCUGGCUGGUAUUUCUAUGCUCUUCUACAGAAGCACUACUAUCUCAAUGUAUCUUUUCUCCAAACUCGUGGAGACCGUGUACUUCAAAGGCAUCGAGGCUGGUCGCUUCCCCUACUUCUCUCAGGCUGACACCAUUAUCUACGCUAUCUCCACAGCCAUCUGCUUCCAGGCAGCUGUGAUGGAGGUGCAAAACCUCAGACCGUCAUACUGGAAGUUUCUACUCCGGCUCACCAAGGGCAGGUUUGCCAUCAUGAACAGGAGAGCCCUGGACUCCUUCGGUACCGGUGCCUCCAGAGACUUCAAGGGCUUCGUCCCCAGACUGGACCCGCGCUACGCCGUGGUGCCCCCAGAGCUGCCCGUGCCGCUGGGCUGAGCAGGCCACUUCAGGGGGGAGCAGUGGGCAUCGGAUGCCAACUCUACAGUGGGCUGGACCGGUUCCGACUGGGGGGGAGGAUCCCCACCCCACCCCACCCAACCCCACCCCACCCCACCUCUGUCAGUGUUAAUGUGGAUGAUUGGUAUGAGCUUACUUGAAGCAACCGUGACAGCACUACUAGUGAAAGUGACUGUGUAAUUACCUGGAGAUUCUAUUGAGCAAAAAUCAUGUGUGUGUGUGUGUAUAUAUAUAUAUAUACAUAUAUAUAUAUAUCUUGUGUGAGUGCGUGCGUGUGUGUGUGUGUGUGUAUACAUCUUAACAGCAAAAGAAAUGCAAAAUUGAUAUGACCUGUUUUUGCACAAGUUUUUACUACAGUUGAUGCUUCAUACGCACGAAUUACAAGGCUGCAAAACGUGCAGAAGGUUCAGUCUUGUGUGGUCAAGGUCAAGGUUCAGCUCAGCCCUGUGUGUCUUGUUGGGGCAUAUACAAUAGACUCCAUGUAGUGUGAACCCUGAAAAGUGCAUCUCUGCACACAGUUUUAAAUAGUUUUUAAAUAAAUAGUAUGGUUGUUCUAAUGCCACCUGGAGGCGCUGUGGAGUACGAGUUCCAAGCCUGGGAACCAGUCUAGGUGACUGAACUGGCAGUCAGCAGGUCGAAUGCUGAACGCAAAUUGAUAGUGGAUAUGAAAACCACACAUCUUUCUCACUUUAGUGUAGUCAUGAAACAGUUACAUUGAUGGAUUAGAUUUUAGAUGGUGAAACUUUGUCAUUGGCCACUAGUAAUCAUAUGACACCCCCCUCCCACACACACACACCUCACCCAUACCUGCCUUGAAAGGAAAAUAUCAACAUGUUAAUAGAAAAUAGAUUUCUAGUCAGUGUGUCGUCCUCAUUCCUCGUUAGUGUUUUAACAUGGUAUGUGAAAUCCUAUAAGGUUUUAUGCAAUGGUCUUGUGAGCAUAGCUCAGCAGGUUGUAACCUAGGUGACUCAUGACUUUAUCACUUACAAGUGAGACCCCAUUUGGAAAUUCACAUAUGAAGCAUUUACUAUAGUGGUUAUUUACAUACAUAAGACUAUUUUUCCAUUUCUUUUGCUGUUGAGGGUAUAUAUUUUUUACAAACUGACGUUUAAAGGGGAUGGUUUUUGUGUUCAGGUUAACUCUGAUUGGAUGGAUUGGUAUCAGUGUUGUUGCAGAGCACCUUGUAAUAUAAUUACCUUGGGUGAAUGUUUGGCAUUUUUGUCACUGAAUGUAAACGUCACACAAGUACACUCAGGCGUCGAGCCAAAAGUCAGACAUUUACAUUUAUGCCUUAUGAGAAUGGGUAAGCAUUGAUUAUCUAGUGUCUUUUUAAUGAGGAGCACGUUGGAGACACUGCAACCUUGUUUCCAAGUGCUUCUUUGACUGUUUGGGUGGAGAGCAGGCACGCAACGCAGAGAGGCCACAGGCAUUGGGCGGUGGUUGUGUUGCCGUGCUGAUUAAUGUGAAUGAUUUCUUUCAUUUUCAUCAAAUUUUCAUAAAGUCAUCAGAGCUGGCAGUAUAAGUGGAGAGCGGUCCUAGACUGCACAUGUUUGCUGUUUCACUCCCCAGAGAGGGAACAGCACCACUCCUCUGGUCUCAGACCUGGCUGACCAACUAAUCCAAACUAAAUGGUAAGAAGCAUCCGCACACUCAAAUCUGGUCAGAGAUCUUUUAAUUUGCAAGCUGUUUGACACCCUACCGCCCACUUUAGGGGUUUAAGGCACUCUGUGCCCAAACCCAAACCGUAACCGAGGCGACAGCAGGUCUGGGCCAGAUUCAGGGCGGAGCCACCUCGGACUCGGCUCCCGCGGGGGAAUCUGAGUCCGAGUAAGAGAACUCCCACAACCCCCCCAAGUGUCAGUCUCGACCUCGGCCAUUUUAAUUGCAAGUAACAGAUGAAAUAAUAGACGACCUCCACAGAUUAACCAGUUCACAAAAUGUCCUUGAUAACUCGGUUUCUUUUUCUAAGAUUUUUGAUGACACACAACACAUGUUGUAUAGAGGGUACUUUUUUUGUUUUUUAAAGAUAAGGUUAUCUAAAAGUAGGUGUAUACUUGUAUAACAUUGUAAUUUAUAUACAAUGAAAAAUAAAAUGAUUUGUCCCCUA